ACAGACGAAUGUCAUUGUACUGAGAGAGCCGUACAGAAAUGAAACAUUAAAUAUAGUUCCAAUAAGGAUAGAUGUUAAGGAAGUGAAUGACCGACCAACUAUUCUACCGAAAAACCUUUUAACGGAAGUACGUGAAGAUGUCCCAGUCGGUACAAUAGUAGCAAACUUCUCAAUAUCUGAUCCAGAUGAUGGGAAUUUCGGAGAUUUACAAGUUGGAAUAGAAACCCGGGAAGAUAUAGAUAUAAAUGAAUGGUUUGAAGUGGUUAAAUCAUCAAAUGAUACUAUCCAAAUUAGGACAGCUUCAGUACUAGAUGCGGAUGAAUACUGGAACAGUAAAAAUGUCAUUCACGAUGAAAGACGUGGACCUACCUUCACUUUUGAAGUCGCGGUAAUGGACGGCGGAGGGUUAAAAGAUCAUUCCAUAAUCAAGAUCAAAAUUAUCGACGUCGGUGAUAUAAGACCAGUUUGCAAUCAUCAAACUUUGAAAAACAAAACUCAUUGGACAAAAAAAGGUGCAAUCGUUACCACUUUAGACAAUUUUUGCCAUGCGCGAAACUAUAUCAGCGCUGUCGAUUAUUUUCAAGAAGUGACAUACUCUUUGAUUUCAGAGAGUUGCAACUUUUCAGAUUGCUUAAAUACUACUUUUAAACGAUACAACGGCUUUAAAAACACGACGUACGAUGGGCACACGUGUCAGCGGUGGGAUUCACAAAAACCUCAGGGACAUACAUACAAUCGGGCCGAAAUGUUUCCAGACAUUUCUGUUUCUGAUGCUGCUAACUAUUGUCGAUAUCCCGGCAAGAAAGUAAACGGCAACGCUGGGUUUCUGUGGUGUUUCACAACAGACCCUGGCGCAAGAUGGCGGUAUUGUGAUAUUCAAAAGUGUUCGGGCAUUUCAGAUUGCUUCAAGACUUCUUCUAACCGAUACAACGGCUUUAUAAACACGACGCACGACGGGCAUACGUGUCAGUGGUGGGAUUCACAUAAACCUCACAGACAUAAAUGCAAUCAAGCCCAUAUGUUUCCAGAUAUUUCUGUUUCUGAAGCUGCUAACUAUUGUCGAGAUCCCAGAGGGGAAGGAAUGCCAUGGUGUUUUACUACAGACCCUAAAUUAAGAUGGCAGUACUGUAGUAUUUACAAGUGUUCGGAUGAUAUAUUUCUUGGUUGUUCGGAAAUAGGUAGACAAGAUAAAGCAUUUGAACUAGAAUUGUUUGAAUUUAGGUAA